AUGUCGACUCUUGGAACCAUCUACGCCCUCGCGCGGAGACAGGAUGACCCAGCAGCUGGGGCUAUAGCCGUUACCACCAUGCCUGUUCCCACCAAUGACCCUGCUCCGACUGUGGUCGCUUCCAUAUGGGUCAUGAUGGCCUUUGCAACUAUCUUUCUGCUCCUCCGCAUCUACUGCAAAGCCGUCCGCACGAGGGGCAUGUGGUGGGAUGACUACAUCAUGCUCUUCGCCUGGUUCUUCCUCAUAGCCGCCACGGCCGUCCUCACCGAGCUCAUGCGCAUGGGCUUUGGCCUGACCCUCGGCUUUGUUCCACGCAUGCACACCCUUUCCACGACCGUCGACGUCCUCAACAAGGUCGCUCUUGGCCUCAGCAAGACCUCUUUUGCCCUGACCUUGCUACGUGUGGCACAGGGGUGGCAGAAGUGGUUCAUCUGGUUCAUGGUCGUGACGAUGAACGGUGUGCUUGCGACCAACGCCGUGACGACGUGGAGGGCAGCCUGUGAUCGCGAGGGGCAAGAUGAGUAUGAAGCUGUGUUGCCAGGAUCAUGCUGGAGUGUUGUCGACGCUGUCAUCAUCGCCAUGGUGGCGAACAAUCGCCUUUCGAUGCUCUUCAUCUGGGGCCAAGCCGAACCAAACGUCACCAUUGUCGCGACAACGAUUCCCGUUCUCCGCGUCCUCUUCCGCGACAUGCACCGCUCGAAAUACCCCGCGGCGGCUGGCGUCUCUGGCCAAGGCGACGGAAGCAUUGGUGGCGGCUACCUGCGCUCGAACGGCGCGUCGCGGUUCCCCGCCUCGACGUUGCGGGGCGCCACACUUGUGGGCGACGGGUCCAAGGGGCGCGAGGAUGACGAGGACAGCGAGGGCAGCAUACUCAGGUCCAAGGGCGGGAUCGUGCGGACGGCCGAAGUGACGGUGGAGUUCGGCUCGAGGGGCGUAAGCAGAGACGGGGAUGUGGAAGAAGCUUUUGAGAUGGUGGACCGUCCUCGGGCCGUGGUCGGUGCUGGAGCGAGGCCGUCUAUGGGUUUGGCAUUGUGA